GUCUACUUGUGCAUCAUGUUCUGUUUGAUAUACACGUGUUUUUGUUAAUCUGAAUUAUUUAAAUUAAUUGUUAUAAAAAUAUUAGAAAGACUUGAAUUAAAUUAUAAACUUUAAAAAAUGGCUGUAAAAGGCAAGAAAAAGUAUCAAUCAGGAGAAGGAGCACAGUUUAUCUCACGAAAGCAAGCACUGAAAAAACUGCAAUUAUCACUCAACGAUUUUCGUAAAUUAUGUAUAUUAAAAGGGAUUUAUCCAAGAGAACCACGAAAUCGAAAACGUGCUCAGAAAGGUAAAUCUGGUAUCAAAACACUUUAUCAUAUAAAGGAUAUCCAAUUUCUGAUGCAUGAACCAAUAAUAUGGAAGCUGCGUGAUUAUAAAAUAUUUGCCAGGAGAGUAGGGAGGGCAAAAGCAUUACGUGAUUUUGCUGCAAUGAAACGUUAUUUAAAUAAUCAUCCAACAUUAAAGUUAGAUCACAUUGUAAAAGAAAGAUAUCCAACCUUCAUAGAUGCUUUAAAAGAUCUCGAUGACUGCCUAACUCUUUGUUUCCUCUUUUCAACAUUUCCGUCAAUGGCACAUAUUCCUCGAGAUCAAUCACUUCUGUGCAGAAGACUUACGGUUGAAUUUAUGCAUGCAGUUAUAGCUGCUAAGGCUCUACGUAAAGUUUUUAUAUCAAUUAAAGGUUAUUAUUAUCAAGCAGAAUUAAAAGGACAAACUAUCACAUGGAUUGUUCCUCAUCAUUUUUCGUUCGAACCUCAAUCCAAAGCUGAAGUCGACUUUAAACUAAUGUCAACGUUUGUUGAAUUUUAUAUCGUCAUGCUAGGAUUUGUCAAUUUUAGGCUUUAUCACUCAUUGAAUCUAUUUUAUCCUCCGAAAUUUAACCACGUGUCUAAUAACGAUAACAAUUUAGUUGAUGAAGAAGCUUAUGUUGCUGAAAGGAUAAGUGCACUUAAUGUACCCUUGAUAUCCCUAGAUCCUUCAACUCAAGAAAUAGAAGAAGAGGAAAUGAGUUUGGAUAAAUUUUCAGAAGAAACAGAUGCUGAUAAGAUUGAAGAAGCUCGUAUAGAAGCAGAAAAAAUUAAACGAUUAAAAAAUCUAUUCAAAGGAUUAAAGUUUUUCAUUAAUAGAGAAGUUCCACGUGAACCUCUUGUAUUUAUUAUUCGUUGCUUUGGAGGCACAGUAUCUUGGGAUAAGUUAAUGUUUAUUGGUGCAACUUUUGAUGAAAAUGAUGAAACUAUCACUCAUCAAAUUGUUGAUAGACCCAAUAUGGAUAAACAAUUUAUUUCAAGAUACUACGUUCAACCUCAAUGGAUAUUCGACUCUGUUAAUGCUAGAGAAUUAUUACCUGUUGAAAAAUACUUAAUGGGAGCUAUUUUACCACCACAUUUAUCGCCAUUUAAUAAUCAGUUGGAUCAGGUUUAUAUUCCUCCUGAAGAGAGAGCUCUGAUGGAUCCUUCAUAUAAACUCGAUGAUUUAGAAAGAGAUGAAGAAUCUGAAGAUGAGAAUGAAGAGGAAGAAGAAGAAAAUGAAGAUGAUAAAAAUGAUGAAGAUGAAGAUAAUGGUGAGGAAGAGGAUGAGAUCAUUGAAGAUAAAAAAAAUAAAAAGAAUAAUAAAAUUAUGAAAGAAAAAGUGGUUGAUUCACAUGAUAAAGAAAAAGAAAGGUUGGAUAAAAGAAAGAACAUGAAAGUAAAAGCAGGCAAAAUUACUGAGGAAGAUCCAUUAGCUAAAGAAAAACAGGCAAAACAAGAAUAUCGAUUACGUGAAAAAAUGAUUCCGAAAAAGCACAGGAAUCUUUAUAAAAGUAUGAUGAAGGGUCGUGAGAACAGGGCAAAAGAAAUUUGGUUGCUUCGUAAAAAGAGAAGAUUACAUGAUGAGCAGGUAACUAAAGAUAGAAAAGAAGCAAAAAAAAGUAAAAAAUUAAAAUCUGAUGAAUAAUACUUACAAAUAAUAUUUGUAAUAAAUAAAUUAAUUGUAUAAUUAGUUGAUAUUUUUUUCUAUU